ACUCAUAUUCACCAGAACAAAUCCUCAUUGAUUUCAUUGUUUUAUUCAUUCAGAGAUUCUUGCUGCGUGCCAGCGAAAAGUCAAAUCCAAGUUACAUAAGACGUUCCAGCGUGUGUUUGAGGGAAUUGCUAAAGCAGGAAACAAAAGCCGUCUGAAUAAGAUGUUCACAGAGAUCUACAUCACAAAGGAAGGGACUGCAGAGGACAAUGCUGAACAUGAGGUCAGACAGAUUGAAACAGCAUCCUGGAAACCAGAGAGACCAGAAACAACAAUCACAUGUGAAGACAUAUUUAAAACCCCACCUGGAAGUGAGGAACCAAUCAGAACAGUUAUGACAAUGGGAGUGGCUGGCAUCAGGAAAACUGUCUUAACGCAGAAGUUCACUCUGGACUGGGCUGAAGACAAAGCCAAUCAGGACAUCCAGUUCACAUUUCCAUUCACCUUCAGAGAGCUGAAUGUGCUGAAAGAGAAAAAGUACAGCUUGGUAGAACUUGUUCAUCGCUUCUUUAGUGAAAUCAAAAAAGCAGGAAUCUGCAGUUUUGAAGAGUUCCCGGUUGUGUUCAUCUUUGACGGUCUGGAUGAGUGUCGACUUCCUCUGGACUUCCUCAACACUGAGAUCCUGACUGAUGUUACAGAGUCCACCUCAGUGGGUGUGCUGCUGACAAACCUCAUCAGGGGGAAACUGCUUCCCUCUGCUCGCCUCUGGAUAACCACACGACCUGCAGCAGCCAAUCAGAUCCCUCCUGGGUGUGUUGACAUGGUGACAGAGGUCAGAGGGUUCACUGACCCUCAGAAGGAGGAGUACUUCAGGAAGAGAUUCAGAGAUGAGGAGCAGGCCAGCAGAAUCAUCUCCCACAUCAAGACAUCACGAAGCCUCCACAUUAUGUGUCACAUCCCAGUCUUCUGCUGGAUCACUGCUACAGUUCUAAAGAAGGUGUUAAAGACCAGAGAGGGAGGAGAGCUGCCAAAAACUCUGACUGAGAUGUACACCCACUUCCUGGUGGUUCAGACCAAACGGAAGAACGUCAAGUAUGAUGGAGGAGCUGAGACAGAUUCACACUGGAGUCCAGACACCAGGAAGAUGAUUGAGUCUCUUGGAAAACUGGCUUUUGAGCAGCUGCAGAAAGGCAACCUGAUCUUCUAUGAAUCAGACCUGACAGAGUGUGGCAUCGAUAUCAGAGCAGCCUCAGUGUACUCAGGAGUGUUCACACAGAUCUUUAAAGAGGAGAGAGGACUGUACCAGGACAAGGUGUUCAGCUUCAUCCAUCUGAGUGUUCAAGAGUUUCUGGCUGCUCUUCAUGUCCAUCUGACAUUCACCAACUCUGGAGUCAACCUGCUGUCAGGAAAACAAACAACCUCCCGGCUGCCUAAAUUCUUCAGAAAACUAAAACAUCUACACCGGAGUGCUGCGGAUAAGGCCUUACAGAGUCCAAAUGGACACCUGGACUUGUUCCUCCGUUUCCUCCUCGGUCUUUCACUCGAGACCAAUCACAAUCUCCUGCGAGGCCUGCUAACAAAGACAGGAAGUAGCUCACAGACCAAUCAGGAAACUGUCAAGUAUAUCAAGAAGAAGAUCAAGAAGAAUCUGUCUGCAGAGAGAAGCAUCAAUCUGUUCCACUGUCUGAAUGAACUGAAUGAUCGUUCUCUAGUGGAGCAGAUCCAACACUCCCUGAGUUCAGGAAGUCUCUCCACAGAUAAACUGUCUCCUGCUCAGUGGUCAGCUCUGGUCUUCAUCUUACUGUCAUCAGAAGAAGAUCUGGACGUGUUUGACCUGAAGAAAUACCAUGCUUCAGACAAGGCUCUUCUGAGGCUGCUGCCAGUGGUCAAAGCCUCCAAAAAAGCUCUGUAAGUACAGCAAUAGUUA